AUGGCGUCGGACGCAUUGGAAGCCUUGGAAGCAUUGGAUGGCUUUAGCUACUGGGACAGUGAUGGCUCCAUGACUGCUCCCAAAGAUAGUUUCAUUACUCUUGACAAACAUCUUGGGGAAAGGCAUAACAUCGUCGCGUAUCAGGAAUCAUUACCCUUUCUUGUUUUGGAAUGCCACGGCGGUCCGCCUGACGACCCGCCAUUUUCCAUGGCUGGGGCCAUUGCCAUUUGGGGAGAUGCCGAAGACGGCUUCUUCUACCCUCUCGUCGGAGACUUUGCGGAUGGCGAGGAUAUCGAAGUCGAGGAUGAUAUCAUUGAUCAGAUUGUCCCGGUGGAUAUACCUUCCAAAGACAUGAUCCUUCAUCUUGCCAAUCUUUGGCCUGAGUGUCACGGCAUCGCUUUGCUAUGGGAUUACCUGGUAGUGGAGCUGCCUCUUGUCAGUGCAGAGCAUCAUUCGGAACGGCUACAAGAUCUCCCCGGAGGUAUCCAUGGGUGUUUUAGGAUCCAAUACAACAAUGGCCCGUUAGCAAAUGCAGAGAGCUCACGCGCGCCAGAUCUCAACCCGGGUCACGAGAAGCUCUUUAGAGCCGCUGAUCACAAACUUGGGGAUCUGUUCCUUGCCGAUUAUGCCACUGGAGUGACACAAACAGUAUGCUACUUUGGGCGACGAUUCACUUUCGGCCGGAAAAGGGAUAACCCUCACGAUUUGGAGGUAGGAACAAGCCAAAGCAAGGAUUCAGAUAAUGGCGUCAAGUAUAUCGCUUCUGACCAAGCUGCCUUUAUGUCAAACACGCCUGAAAUCGCAACGCGCUACGCGGCGUCUGUGCCUCUUCGGAGUCGCAAUCAAUCACUCCAACAGUGGCGCCAGCCUCCACAGCUGUCUGCAGAGGGAUGCGGCAUUCUCCAUUUGACCAAUGGUCAAUUGAGGAACAGGCACCGACUCGACACUUUCAUCAUGUACGCCGACUCGUAUGAUACCGAGUAUCAUUAA